AUGGAAAAGGCUUACCCAAAUGAUCCUGACAAAGUAGAUACCGAUUUCGACGCUCAGGUCGUUGAAGAAGUCGAUAGAGGCGCAGAAAAUGAAAUAUCACUCUAUGGUGGGAUAUCCACUCUACCGCUUUGGAAGACAUAUAUGGUCGUGGCAGCUCUGACUGCUCUUUUCACCUGCAACUCUGGCUCCAUCCAGUCGAUGAACGUUGCUAUUGGUUUCAUUGCAAAGGAUCUUAAAUUCGAAGCAGCCCAAGUUCAAUGGAUUCAGUCUGCUUAUGAGCUCUCAAGUGGAUGUCUAUUGCUUCUGUUCGUUCCGUUGUCCGAGCAAUUUGGCGCGCGAUCCGUAGUAUUGUUCGGAGGAGGUUUCUUCUGUCUUUCGGCGAUAGCGUGCGCCAAUGCUAAAACAGCUAUCCAAUUCAUUAUUUUUCGAGCUUUGGAAGGAAUCGGAAUUUGUGCUGUCGUUCCGUCUGGGUUUGACGUUCUAAGUCAAAUGCUGCCUCUCACUGGCGAGGCAAGUAGUCGACGAGGUAUUCUCAUCGCUAUCUUCGCUGCUGGAGCUCCCAUGGGAUCAGGAUUAGGAACGAUUUUCGGUGGUUUACCCACUCAAUAUUCCGCCAUAGAAUGGAGAGGCAUCUUCGCAGUCUACGCCGGUAUAUCAGGGGUGGCCACUAUCGCAGCCGCUUUGACUGUACCCCCAAGUAAAACAAGCCAAGUGAAAGGUGGAGUAGAUUAUAUCGGAGCUGCGAUGGUCACUAUCGCAUUGACACUCAUCAUUUUCUGCCUUGCUCAAGGUCCGGCAGUAGGGUGGUCUACCGGAUAUAUCAUUGGUCUGCUUAUAAUUGGAUGCAUCGCUUUGAUUGCUUUUGGAGUAUAUGAAUGGUGGUUAGAGAAAAAGGACCGAACUCCGAUGCUGCGAAUGUCCAACUUUGCUCGAGGUCGAUAUGCAGUCGUCAACAUUCUCGGUUUGAUUGGCUUUGGAACUUUCAUCACUUGGGACUACUGGGCCGGUCUCAUGUACGCUCAGGUAUUCGAGUAUGACGCUAAAGGUAUCAUGUUACGAUACCUACCUCAAUCAAUCGGUGGAUUACUUGGUGGCCCUCUCACUACUCUCAUGCUCCGUCGAUUGUCCACCCAAGUUGUUUUCAUGUUUGGCUGUGCAUGUGCCACGUUUGGAGCUCUGGUCUUUGCGCUCACAAAGAUCACCGAUACUUAUUGGAAUCAUGGACAGUUCAUUGCAUUCUAUCUAGCGAUAACUGGAGCUUCGGUCAUCUAUCAAUCUGGUAUGCUGUAUUGUGUAUCAAUCGUUGUACCUUCUGAGAUGAAAGCAGCUGGUGGUCUGUUCCAAGUUAUGACGAGUCUUGCUUCAUCCUUUGGUCUGGUGUUCUCCACCAUGGUUGCCGAGGCUCAUACCUCAAAGACUGAGCCAAUCCGAUCGUUCUCGUAUGGAUGCUGGACAGCGGUAGCAUUCGGAACCUUUGCGUUUAUCGCAGCAAUCCCUGGUAUGUGGGGCAUCGGAGUGUUACACAAGACAGGUGAGACAGCGAGAGUAGAUGAUCUAGUAGUCCAUCAUCACGAGGAUGAUGUGAUUCAUCCUCAUCACGUCAACGCUGUGUAG